AUGACCAAAAAGUCAAAUCUUCUGCUGCAAAAUUUGAGACCAAGAAGCUUUCUGGUUGAGACAGAUAAACUAGAAGCUUCUGCAAAUAAAUUAAAAGGUGGAGAAGAUGAGAAGAAGAGUGGUGGAGAAGAAGAAACGAAGAAGAACUAUUUCCAAUGGAUAUGGACCAAGGAUGAUGAGAUUGCCCUUCUACAAGGAAUUAUUGACUACAAUAAGGAUAAUGAGAACCUUUAUGAAGACACAAACAGUUUCUUUGAGCUUGUGAAGAAAUCCAUCAGUUUUGAGGUUAGCAAGUCUCAGUUAAUGGAAAAGCUGAGGAGAUUGAAGACAAAUUAUCUUGGCAAAAGAAAUAAGAAGAACGGGGAAGACCCGACUUUUUUCAAGGCUCAUGAUCAGAAGUCUUUGAUCUGUGCAAGAUUCAUUAGGGAGCUGAUGGGAAACUAG